UGUGUGCGCGCGCUCGUGUGUGUGCGCGCUCGUGAUCGUGCAUGUGUACAAGUAAGUGGCUUUCGGGUCUCCUUUACGCAUGUUGGAUACGCAUGACGCAUACUGGUGAUUUUUGGCACGCUGUGUUUUGGAGUAACCAAACUGAAUUUCUGAACAGUACAUUUAUAAAUCACUGAGAGUGUGCUGUGGUUGGAUAAAAUCUGAAUUGUCAUGCCAUACCUUCAUUGCCUACAGUUUAUGUGAUGGUAUAAAUCAACAGAGGCAUUUCACACAGCAGCCCCAUGUGGGCAUCAGUGUAUCCAGAUGGUUUCCAUUUUGGGACGCAUACUCAUUCACAAAACACUCCAAGGAAAUGUGGGUUACCACGAGGUGUGCUCACUUCAAAAUCAAACAGCUUCCACAACAAGCUACUUUCUUAUAGUGUGAAUUAAAAUGACGACAGAGCCGAAUUCAGAGUUAGACGGCAAGCCGGAGCAGCAGGGGUCAGGUGCGGCACCGCCCCACACAUCCCCACCCAUCGACGACCAGCUUCCACCUGCAGCUGCCCAUAGCACCCCAGUUAAAAAAGAGCAGAACGGUGCGAGAGAGGUAGGAGGUGCUGCCCAGGGGAAAACCGAUCAGCAGUCAACCGAGGACGAGUCCACCCCCUACAAGUCCACUUCCAGCAAGCUGUCUAGGUCUCCCAUCAAGGUGGCCAAGAAGCCCAAAAACAUGCAGUGCAAAAUCGCGCUUCUUGAUGGCUCAGACUACACCUGUGUGGUAGAAAAACGUGAUAAAGGCCAGGUGAUUUUUGACAAAGUCUGUGAGCAUCUUAACCUUCUGGAGAAGGACUACUUUGGUAUCACAUUCCGUGAUGUAGAAAAUCAAAAGAACUGGUUGGAUCCAGCCAAAGACAUGAAGAAGCAAAUCAGGGGCGUUGCCUGGAAUUUUUCCUUCAAUGUGAAGUUUUAUCCUCCAGACCCUGCUCAGCUCUCUGAGGACAUCACAAGGUAUUACCUAUGUCUGCAGUUGAGAGAUGAUGUAGCGUCGGGCCGCCUGCCUUGCUCCUUUGCCACACACACAGUGCUUGGGUCAUAUACAAUCCAGUCAGAACUUGGAGAUUACGAUCCAGAUGAGUACAGCACCAACUAUGUCAGCGAGUUCCACUUCGCUCCAAACCAAACCAAGGAACUCGAAGAGAAGGUCAUGGAGCUCCACAAGACCUACAAAGGGAUGACGCCAGCUGAGGCUGAAAUGCACUUCCUAGAGAAUGUUAAAAAGCUGUCUAUGUAUGGAGUGGACCUCCAUCAUGCCAAGGAUUCAGAGGGGGUGGAGAUCAUGUUAGGAGUGUGUUCAUCUGGCCUACUCAUCUACCGAGACCGUCUGCGAAUCAACAGGUUUGCUUGGCCCAAAGUCCUCAAGAUCUCCUACAAGAGGAAUAACUUCUACAUCAAAAUUCGACCUGGAGAGUUUGAGCAGUUUGAAAGCACGAUUGGCUUUAAACUCCCCAACCACAGAGCAGCUAAGAGACUCUGGAAGGUUUGUGUGGAGCACCACACCUUUUUCAGGUUGGUAUCUCCUGAAACUCCACCCAAGAAGUUUCUGACUCUUGGUUCCAAGUUCCGCUAUAGUGGCCGAACCCAGGUCCAAACGAGACGGGCCAGUUCACAAAUAGUUCGUCCAGCUCCCUUCUUUGAGCGCUCCACCAGCAAACGCUACAUCAUGUCCCGCAGUCUAGAUGGAGCUCAACGGAGCAUCCCACAAAUCACAGCGACUGUAGUCCCAGGAUCUAAACCACUUAUUGCUAUGAAUGGCACUAAACCAGCAGAGAUGGGCACAGCAUUGUACGGGGCUGCAAAGGGCAUCGCCAUGAGUGACCUCAUCACCACAAUUACACCCGAGAAGAAGGCAGAGGAGAAGAGGUCAGAAGAGGACGAAGUGGUGCUCGUAGAAAAUAUGGUUGUGGAGGAGGAGGACGAGACGACCAAGGCUACAGAAGUAUCCCAGCCAAGUCCACUAUCUCCUGUCCAAUUAGACACAAGGACUGAUUUUACAGACACUGCUAUUGAUGGUGAAUUGACAGCUACUGAGUCGGAUCAGGAAGACGAAUCUGAAAUAAGGAUCCAGCCCAGUUUUAUAAGGAGAAUUAAAGGAGAAAAUGUGUUUAUCAGACAUAGUAAACUGAUGCUGGAGGAGGUGGAUAAAACACCCGAAGAGCUGGUAAAACACCAGACCAACAUUAGUGAGCUGAAAAGGACUUUUCUGGAGGGGGGCACUAAUAAAUCAGGUUUAACAGAGUGGGAGAAGCGUCUCUCCUCAUCCCCCCUGCGAUCCCCCCGGCUGGACGAGGCUCCUAUGAUUGAACCCCUAGUGCCUGAGGAUACCAAAGAGGAUUCAGUAGCAGUGGCUGAGAAGGUGGAGAUUGAUAGAGGUACAGAACAACUGGACAGCCAGGAUGACAAGAGAGAUGAUGUGGAGUCUGAUGGUUGGGUAAUUAUAAACAAGGUUCCACCUAAGGUAUCUGAAAAGAAAAACAUAGUCAGCUACAAAGUAGUGGGCAUUACUAACGCUGUUACUGCUGACGAGGCUUUGGGAGACGUAGCUCUCAAAAAGGCAUCAGCCAUACAACAGGAAGUACGUGAAAAGGCUUUCGCGCUCGGCAAGUCCUAUGACACAACUACAGGGAAGAUCGUGACCAACGCAAAAGAUGAUUUUCCUUCUCCGACAGUAGUGAAGAAGUUCUCAGAUCAAAGUAGCACCACAACUGUGAAGAUCAUACCGGUCUCCACUGAGAAGCAUGACCCUGCAAUCCUGACAGACACAGAAGGCAUAACAGAACCAGUGAUCACAGUUAAGGAAGCAAGCACCCCUUCUCCCUCUGAGACUACAGGUGUUGUGAAAAAGGUGGUGGAAACUGAAGAGGUGAAAAAGGCUGAGGUGAAGCUGCUUACAGAUUCCUCAGUGAUGGAGGCAAUCACCCCUACACCCAGAUCACCUCUAAGGUCCCCUCUUAGAUCUCCACUCAAAUCUCCAUCGAAAUCAGUGGAAUUGGUUGUGAGCCCCAGUCCAGGCCCAAUUGUAAUCAAAACAUCUCCAACAGCCAGAGUGCCUAAGCCCACAUUUGAAGAGAUGUCCCCGGAGCUCACUGCUCUGUUAAAGUCUGCUCAUGAACAUAUCAGCACCUGGUCCUCCUCCUCUACAACUACUGGGCAAACCCUGGCCAUCCUUAAGACAUCUACCGGAUCUGAGAGGACUCAACAGCUAGCAGAUACACAGAAGCUUCCAGAAAAAGACCAGCCAAGGGAAGAGGAACAAGCAGAUGAACCACAGCAGUAUACCGUAUCGAAAAAGUCACAGGUUUCAUCACUGCUCCAAACAGGGGUCAUAACAUUUAGCAGUGCGUUGUCAGGUGAGACGGAGAGACUGGAGUCACAGGAAAUGCCAGUGGUCCAUACGGAAAUGAAGACCAUAACAUAUGAGGCUCUAAAGGGUGAUACAGAAGGUGACACAGAGCCAGGGAUUCUGAUGAGUGCUCAGACCAUCACCUCUGAAACUACCAGUACAACCACCACCACACAUAUCACUAAGACUGUGAAGGGAAGUGUUUCAGAAACCCGGAUUGAGAAACGUAUUGUCAUCUCAGGGGAUGCAGACAUCGACCAUGAUGAGGCCCUGGCUCAGGCCAUUAAAGAAGCCAAAGAGCAGCACCCCGACAUGUCAGUGACCAAAGUAGUGGUCCACAAAGAGACUGAAAUCACACCAGAAGAUGGCGAAGAGUGAUGCAGGAUUAGUAUGUCUUCAUAUUUUUCUCACCUACACCAUGGGAAUUAAAGGACAUUUUGGAGAUGCUGCCAAAGGAAACAGCACUACAGACACAUCAAUGGAUAUAACUUCAUCUGAGUACUUCUGGAGUCACCUUCUAACAAACACAUGCUCACGCUGACCUGCAACACUUGCUUACAGAUCUCCUGGCUAGCCUGGUCCAGCACUGGUCAACGGCACUGCAUGACACGGGAUCAACACCUUUUCUAUAAAGAAAAUAAACGCUAAAUAAAAUGUAGGAAAUGCUCAAUGACCGCAGUGUAAAUUUCAGUCUCCUCUCCACACUCCUACUGAAGGAGAAAAGAAAGUAUGUGGCCAGAAUUUUGAAAAUAGUACUGAUAUUAUGACCUACAUUUUAUUUAUUAGAAUACUUCUCGAUACAAGAAGAUAAGACUAAUAAUAAUAAUAAUAAUAAUAGACUGCAUCUGUAUGAGCUCCAGUAUUUAAUCAUGCAAUAGGUGUGUCAUUGAGUUCAGUCACCAUGUCCUGUUCCAGCCACCUCGACCCCUUCUCUGACAUGUUCAUGCUGAAUGUAUGUGUGAGUCACAAUAUGAAUGAUGUACACUUGCUUUACAAACAAUGCAUAUUAGAAAAAAACGUUUUUACAAGAUAUAUGGCAUUUUUUUUAUGUUUUUCCUUCAUUUUACUCAAUGAAAUUUCCAAAUUUUCAGUGAAAUGAAUGCACUGUGACCGUUUGUCACUGACUCCUUGCUACCAAUGAUGGCUUUGCAAGGUGACAUCUGCCCCAGUCUCUCUUUUUAAGUCAUUUCCCAAAAAUGUCAUUUUGCCCCAGGUGGCAUAACUGAGCCUUAAAUUGUACAAACUGAACAGAGAAUCAGAAACAUCACAACUGAUGUGGUUUUUAAUCUUUCUAUUUCUGUUUCCUCUUUGUCUUCUUUUUCUCAUUAUUACUAUGAUUAUUAUAAUUAUAUUUGUUGUUGUUAGCCUGUGUGUGUCCAAAAUUAUCAUGCUGCCAUGUGCUGCACUUCACGUUGAAUGUGUUUACCACAAAAGCUCAAUAAAAAUGUUUAAAAUGUU